AUGAGGGCUGUGCUGGUGGCCCUGCUGGCUCUGGCCGCAGUGCCCAGGGCCCCGGCCGCGUGGCUGGGGAGGCUGGACCCGGGGCAGCUUCUGGGGGCCUGGUACGUGGUGGCCGUGGCCUCCGGGGAAAGGGGCUUCGCGGUGGAGAAGGCCACGAAGAACAUGGAGGGCGUCGUGGUGACGCUCACACCCGAAAACAAGCUGACGGUGCUGGCCUCCCGCCACAGGCAGGAGAGGUGUGAGCUGAGUGCUGUGGAGCUGCUGAGACAGGACCCUGCCUGGGUGUUCGAGAAUCCCUCGCUGGGCGUGCUGGAGUACCGCGUGCUGGGCACCAACUUCAGGGACUACGCCGUCGUCUUCACGCAGCUGGAGCAGCAGGACGAGGCCUUCAGCACCGUGGAGCUGUACAGCCGCACACACCUGGCCAGCCAGGAGGCCAUGAGCCUCUUCACCAGGUGGAGCCGGGGCCUCGGCUUCCUCUCGCAGCAGCAGGCCCAGCUGCGCCCCGACCUCACCUGUGCGCACAAGGCCUUCCAGCGCCAGGUUGGCCGGAUGCCUGUGGUUGGCGGACGGGCAGGGAGAUUUAAACUCGGUGUCGGUGGCUGA